AUGUUUAGUUUGUUUCGUGCGCAGAAAGAAGUUGAGAGGUCAAUAUAUUUUAAGUCAAAGGCAAAAACAGAAGAAAAACAGACACAAGAAGUAAAAAUCACCGUGGGUGUAGUGAUUUUGAAGGAUGGGAGGUUAUCGAGCAAAAUAGGUGCCACACUUCCAUUGACUGUGUUGCCUUCAAUUACAAGAAAAGAGUUGCUAACGAAAGCUUUCGAGAAGCACAGCAGAUUCAACAACAACUUGGUAAACGGUACUUCCUCUGAAUACGAAUACCAGCUCUUGUAUUCUACUAUGAAUCAAGUCAUCAAUCUUCCUGGUAUAGGGGAACUGUUUAGUCUACAACGUUACAAAGAUGAAAUCGAGAAGGCUUAUAGUUGA